AUGACGCCAGCAGCGGUGGCGGCGCAGCACCCGCAAGGGCGGAAGCCCGAGCUGCUUGGAAGAUGUUGGAGUCCUAAACCUGUGGUGUCAAUACACCCUGAAACGCAUGUGUACGGAGGAGAGAGAGUUACUCUCAGAUGUGACAUACAGGGAGGAGGAGGAGACACUGAGUGGACAUACAGCUGGUAUAGGAACAGUGACAGACUUGGCCCUCGGAGACCCUAUGGAGACUAUUCAUACAGCACAAAUCAGUGGUACAGGAUCUGGCAUGUUAUUGACUCUGACAGUGGUGACUACACCUGCAGAGGAUGGAGCAAGAACUCUCAGAUCUCAGAGACCAGUGAUGCUGUUAAACUGACUGUAUCAGAGAGACCAGAGGUAGUACUGAGUGUAUCUCCACAGAGCUGGCUAACUGAAGGAGACUCAGUCACUUUAAACUGUGGGGUUACAGGCUUCUCUACAGACUGGAGAUUGACCUGGUACACAGUUAAUCCAUACAGAGAAAUAAGAGACAGUCAUGGUGAUUAUGUGUCAGGACGCUCCUACACCAUCAAUCCUGUUGCUCGUAAUCACACAGGAGUUUAUCAGUGCAGUGCAGCGAGAUACAAUUUGCAUUUCACACUUCCAUCUAAUCUACAGCCGCUGUGGAUCACUGGUGAAUCUCCUCCAGUCUCUCUGAUCAUCAAUCCCAACAGAACUCAACACUUUACUGGUGACUCUCUCUCACUGAGCUGUGAGGACCAGAGUAACUCUACUGGAUGGACAGUGAGACAAUACACAGAGAGUGAGAGAGUGUUAGAUUGUUCAAGCUGGGGAUCAGUUACAGGAUCUACAUGUAAUAUCAGCUCCCUCUCCACAUCCUACACUGGAGUUUACUGGUGUGAGUCUGAAUCUAAAACCAGUAAUCCUGUCAACAUCACAGUGCAUGUAAGUCCUAAAGCUGUGGUGUCCAUAGAUCCUGACACACUUGUGUACAGGGGAGAGACAGGUGUCGAGCUCAGAUGUAACAUACAGAGAAGAGGAGACACUGAGUGGACAUACAGCUGGUAUAAGAACAAUGACAGUCUUGGUCCUCACAUAGGCUCUAGAGGCUAUAUUAGUAUCUGGUCUGUUACUGACUCUGACAGUGGUGACUACAUCUGCAGAGGACAGAGCAAAGACUCUUGCAUCUCAGAGAUCAGUGAUGCUGUUACACUGACUGUAUCAGCAGAGAGACCAGAGGUAGUACUGAGUGUAUCUCCACAGAGCUGGCUGACCGAAGGAGACUCAGUGACUCUAAACUGUGGGGUUACAGACUCCUCUACAGGCUGGAGAUUCACCUGGUACACAGUUAAUCCCAACAGACGGAUAAGAGACAGUCAUGGUGAUUAUGUGUCAGGACGCUCCUACACCAUCAGUCCUGUUGCUCAUCUGGAGAACUAG